CAGCCGCUGGUAGACGAAGUAGAAGUUCGCCAGGGAUUUUUCUCUCUUUGAGCACAGCAGGGAAGAAAAAAAAAAAAAAAAAAGAAGCAUGGCAAAUAAAUCUGCACAGCCUCCCUAUCUUCACCUGGCGGAACUGACGGCAACCCAGUUCCUCGAAAUCUGGAAACAUUUUGAUGCUGACGGUAAUGGCUACAUUGAAGGCAAGGAGCUUGAAAACUUUAUCACUCAGUUGGAGAUUGCACGGAAAGGAGCAGGCGUGGACCCCUCAAAUGCAUCUUUCAGAGACAAGAUGGCAGAGUUCAUGCAGAAAUUCGACAAGAACAAUGAUGGCAGGAUUGAGCUGUCAGAGCUGGCCCAGAUUCUGCCAACAGAAGAGAACUUCCUGCUUUGCUUCAGACAGUUUUUGGGCUCCAGCUCUGAGUUUAUGGCGGCCUGGCGAAGGUAUGACACAGACCGCAGUGGCUACAUUGAAGCAAAUGAACUGAAGAACUUUCUCUCAGACCUUCUGAAAAAGGUUAACAGAAAAUAUGAUGACCAGAAAUUGCAGGAAUACACACAGACAAUUCUCAAGAUGUUUGAUCUGAAUGGGGACGGGAAGCUGGGGCUCUCUGAAAUGGCAAGGCUUCUACCAGUUCAGGAAAAUUUCUUACUGAAAUUCCAGGGCAUCAAGCUGACCCCUGACCAGUUCAACAGCAUCUUCACAUAUUAUGACAAGGAUGGAAAUGGCUACAUUGAUGAGAUGGAGUUGGACUACCUCCUGAAGGACCUCUAUCAAGAGGCUGACACCCAGGACCUAGCCGGCUAUAAAAAAAGCAUCAUGGCCUUGUCAGACGGGGGUAAACUGUACCGCACAGAACUGGAAAUCGUACUGUGCCGGGAGCCCAUUGUACUGUGAUUGUACUGUGCUGGGAGCCCUGAAUCGCGUUUCUCUUUCUGCUGCCUGACUACUGUAACCAUGUGCAUGUGCCAGGCACUACCCCUUUUCUUUAUGUGUGUUUUGAAUGAAUGUGCACUACGAAGCACAAAAUAUAUUCUGCAUUUUUCAUUUUCUGUCCCACCACCUAAAUCCCUUCUGCUUGAGGACAGACUGUCCAGCAAUGGUGUUGCCCUCUGCUCAAUUUUCAAACAAAACAUUUCAAAUGGAUCUUAUUGAAUCUUACUGAUAGAGAGAUAUUAAUAGUAUGAAUAAGCAUAUGAUGCUAUUAUUUAUUAAUUUAACUGUUAUUUAUUAAUUUAUUUAUCUAAAUUUUAUUUAUUUAAUUGAGUCCCUCUGCAUCCCCUGGUAUUCUGUCAGGUUCCAAUUUUCUCUUUGGUUUGAUUAUAUCACUAUUAUUGAAUUUUCAACUGUUUUUGGUAAUGCUGUUUUCUUUCUUUGGCUGAUACUGUUAGAGGAUGUUACUGAGAGAAUUAAUAAACGACUAGAUAAUAUGAAGAA